UCUCAAUAUCUUCGCUACAUAUCCAUGUCUUCAUUCUUCUUUACUUCUAGGUACUGCUAGUGUCGUACCGGCAUCAAUAUAGAUCUUCGAAAGCUUCCGCAGCAUAAGCCCCCGAGAGUCCAAUGAACGUCUCUUCUAAAACGUCUAACGAUGGUAGGCAAGCCGCGUUUGAAGCGACUUUCCACGAGAUCCAUGGCUCUACCUAUUUGGAGAGAGAUGCACGUGGGCUUGCACGGCUCGGAAAGUCGCAGGUGCUAAAGCGUCGAUUUGGAUUUCUUUCCAUUUUUGGUUUCAGCUGUUGCAUCCUCGCUACGUGGGAGACGGCAUUGGCACUCUUCACAGAAGCAUUCGAAAAUGGUGGACCAGCCGCUUUAGCGUGGGGGUUCCCCAUCGCCUGGUUGUGUUCAAUGUCCGUUUACCUGUGCUUAGCAGAGAUGGCGUCCAUCGCACCCAUCUCCGGCGGACAAUAUUUUUGGGUCGCGAUACUGGCGCCUCGGAAAUAUAAGCGCUUUUGUGGCUACCUGACAGGUUGGCUCACGUCACUUGCCUGGAUCGCCACCCUCGCCGUGGGCAGUAUCUUCACGGGCACAAUCAUUCAGGGGCUCAUCAUCUUGAACUAUCCGGACUAUGAACCGAAGAACUUUCAUGGAGCAUUCCUCGCUUGGGCCGUAAUUGCCGUAGCUAUUUUUGUCAACACUGUAAUCGCCGGGCUCUUGCCGGUCCUAGAAGGGGUUAUCCUUUUCAUACAUGUUCUGGGGUUCAUCGCGAUACUCGUCACACUAGUGUACCUAUCGCCGCACGGUACCGCUGAUGAUGUCUUUUUCCGGUCUCUGAAUGAAGGCAAUUGGCCAACCCAAGGCCUUUCGUUUUGCGUAGGGUUCAUCGGUAACGUGGCUACCUUCGUCGGAGCCGAUGCGGCUAUUCAUAUGGCGGAAGAGAUAGAAAAUGCGGCCAUGAACGUGCCUCGAGCCAUCGUCACCACUGUUCUUCUGAAUGGAAGUACGGGAUGGGCCAUGGUGCUUGCUGUACUCUUUUGUCUUGGCGAUAUUGAUUCUGUCAUUAACUCUCCCACUGGCUAUCCAUUCAUACAAGUCUUUUACAAUGGGACCGGCAGAGCUGGGGCUACGGUUAUGACGGUGGUCGUUGUCGCAAUAAUUUGGUGUGCCGUUAUCGGUUUCGCUGCCACAGCCAGCCGGAUGACAUGGUCAUUUGCAAGAGAUCACGGCCUGCCGUUUCAUCGGUUUAUCCGAAAGGUCGACCCGCGUACUCGAGUUCCGAUAGUAGCAGUCGUUGUGGUGACCGUCAUCCCGUGUUUGCUGAACCUGAUCUAUAUUGGCUCGUCGACUGCAUUCAAUGAUGUCAUAUCCAUGUCGGUAUCAGGUCUCUACGCAUCCUACCUUCUCCCAUGCAGCUUCCUCCUCUGGCGCCGUGUCACCGGACAAAUUAAGCCGCAUCGACCGAGCGAAGAUCGCAGCGCAGAAAUACCUAUCGAGCGAGACAGAGAUCCCAAUACGCUCAGCCCGAUGGCUGUCGAAGAUCACGGCGACUCUAACGUCUUACUUGAAGAGCCAGAAUUGGAAUGGGGCCCUUGGCGAAUACCAGGGCUACUGGGUACCCUAAACAACUGUUUUGCCUGCCUUUUCUGUGUCUGGGUUCUCUUUUGGGACUUCUGGCCACCAGCCACACCCGUGACUGGUGAAAGCAUGAAUUACAGCGUCCUAGUGACAGGCUCGGUCAUUAUUUUCGCGAUCGCGCGCUACUUCCUAGGAGGUAAGGUGGGAUAUAGAGGUCCGUUGGUAGAUUACGAUGUGAAAGGUUUCACCGUUCGUCGCAAUUGAAAGGAGGGUACCUAUGUUUCUUGGAAGUACUGGACCUAGAGAAUACCUAGGUACCCAGACUUGCGAGGAUCUCUGUAGAUAAAUCCCCUGCGACCCCUAUUCUGACACAUAACUAUCAGCCAUCGCCCUGUCUGCGAAAGUCUACGGUAGACUCCUUAGGGACUUGUUAAAUUGAUGAAAGAUAAUAUCGUAUUUUCAUGUACGAACU